CGUCAUCUUCCGCCUUCUGCACAGUCACAUGUGUGGCGCCUGUUUAGUUUUACUUCCGCGUUUGAACAGAAACCGUUAAAUCCUUUCAAUAAUGCAAGCGUUUUAAUGCCAUUAUAGUCAGACGUUUGGUUUUUCAAUGUGUGAUCGUCGAUACCAGCGGAUACUUUGACGUUAUGUCGUUAAGUGUUGUUUAAAAUCACCAACGCGACAGUUUGGGAAAGAGAAGAUCCCAGGCUGGCUGGACACAACUAGACAGCUAAUUAAGAUCUUUACUUUUAUUUAUCUACAGUAAACAAGGUCAUAGGAAUUCCGAAAGUGCCUGAAAGUCAUGUUGCUGUCUCUGAGAACAAUUGCUCCUCUUUUCAUACUACUUACUGGAGUGCAAGCUGCGUUCAUCACGGACAACUGCAAGCUGAUUUCAGAUAGCGAGUCUGAGAAAAAUGCACUCCAUUUACUGGAGCCUCUAACCAAUCAAACCUUCACCACGGAAGGAAAGGAGCAGGAUUACUCAUAUAUUUUUCAGGUGUGUGGAGAUGCUGGUGGAUUAAAGGAUGCAGGUCUUGUGCAGAAAGAAAAAAAAGGAGAAAAACUGGUCCGAAUUGGGAACUACACCAAAACACGUGCUAUCAGAGGAAGUGACUGGGUUCUGCUCUUCUAUGAAGGGGGAGAGAAUUAUGACACCCACUGUUCACAAGAGCCAAGAAGAGCAAUGAUUAUGAUUUCAUGCAGCACAAGCACAAAGAAUGAAUUUACAGUGGUUUUGGAGGACAAUCAGAAGCAACAGGACUGUUAUUACCUGUUUGAGCUGGACUCCAGUGCGGUCUGUCCUCUAAUCCCAUCCAAACUCAGUGCUGGCUCCAUAUUCCUUAUAAUUGUACUCUGCUGCCUGGCUGUGUAUCUCACUGGUGGAUUCCUCUAUCAGCGACUGGUAGUUGGAGCCAAGGGAGUCGAACAGUUCCCUAACUAUGCCUUUUGGUCAGAGAUCGGCAACUUAAGUGCUGACGGAUGCGAUUUUGUCUGUCGUUCUCGUGGCAACAGAGAGGAGCCACCCACAUACAGAGGUGUAGGUACUGACCCACUUGGGGAGGAGCCAGAGGCAAGGGAUGACCACUUACUUCCCAUGUGAUCAAAUCACAUCAGCCAAUGAGAAGAGGCUGAGCAGUUAUUAUACGGUUUUGGAUCCCAAAGAAAGAGAUUCAGUUUAGCAGGCAUGUUCCUAUUUCAGAAGUGCUGCUGUUUUUUGUUUUGUUUUGCUUUUUUCAAAAAAAAAUUUAACUUCCCAAUGGCAUUCAUUCUUUAUCUUUUAAAUUGCUGAUUUGGUGUUUGUUAAAUGUAAAAGUUUGCUAACUUGUUUUCCAAAAUCCAAAAACCCACAAUUAUAUUUGCUGAUUAGAUAUUAA